UCGCGACGUCGAACAGUCAAGCGCACGAGAGCGCUUGGAGAUGUAGGUUGGGAGUGUUGCCGAACUCUGCAGGACGCCGGAAAAUAUGCGGAGCAUCUGAUUACGAGAAAUAACGUUUCGUCAUCAAUAACUGAGCAUCUGUUAGGUGAUCGGGGAACAAUUGAGAGGCAACUAAUUUACAAUUAAGCGGUAUUCCACAAUUAAAUGUAUUUUUUGCUCUUGCUCUUCUUGGAAUAAAUAUGGAUGUAUGAGCUUCCUUGAAUUUUAUAUAAUCUGAGAUUUAUUCAACGCAAGACAAAUACUUUACAGAUGCAACAUGCAUUGGCUCAAGAUCUCUUGUAUUCUCUGCAUGUUCGGGUGCUUCAAGGAAUUUCGACCCUCUGAAUCCUUCGUGACGGAUUAUCUGACUGGUCCAUGGAAAAAUUUCACAGCUGAACAAGUGAAUCAAGAAAUUUAUCCUGUUUCCACGUACAGUUACUUAGCCACUUUGAUAUUCGUGUUCCUGAUCACAGACUUUGCUCGAUACAAGCCUAUCAUCAUACUCUGCGGUCUAUCUGGCACUGUCACCUUCCUUAUGAUAAUCCUCGGCAGAACUGUGCUGGUGUUUCAGAUUCUCGAGUUUUUUUACGGCCUAUAUUUCUCUACAGAGGUUGCUUACUACACUUACAUAUAUGCCAAAGUAGAUAAGACGCACUAUCAGGAAGUGACAAGUCACACUAAAGCUGCCGCACUGUUUGGUCGCAGCAUGUCAGGCGUCAUAGCACAAUUAACGGCCUCCUUCGAUCUACUGAACUAUCACCAGCUCAAUUAUCUCACUGUUUCAGCCAAUGUCUGCGCGACGAUAUGGGCGUUUUUCUUACCUUCCGUGAAGCAGUCGAUGUACUUCCAUCGCAGCAGCAUUUCCGACGACGAGCCAGGCAAGGGACCAUUCGAUUAUCAGUUGACCGAGUCAACGAAGUGUCGUUGCUUCAGAGUGUGGGGAAUGCGUCUGCUUCGUAAGAUCAAGAAUGCUUAUGUCUUGCUGUGGAAACACUUCUUGCAGGCCUAUACGAAUUAUCGGGUGACCAAGUGGUCGAUCUGGUGGGCUCUGGCUACCUGUGGCUACCUGCAAAUCAUUAGUUACAUACAACUGUUGUGGCAAACGGCGGUGGAGCCGGGUGACAUGAUUUAUAACGGCGCGGUGGAUUUUUUCUACGCGAUCAUAGGUGCGGGAACCGUAUUUUGCGUAGGGAAGGCGAAGUUAAACUGGAGCCUGUUAGGGGAUAUGACACUGUCCAUAUUUUCGCUCCUGGAAGGCAUCAUAUUGAUAGUCGCUUCUUACAACUACAACAUCUGGCUGCUGUACAGCAUCUACAUCAUAUUCGGCGUCAUCUAUCACACCAUGGUUACCGUUGCAAACUUCGAGGUCGCCAAGGACAUAUCCGAGGACAGUUACGGCCUGAUAUUUGGAGUGAACACCUUUUUUGCAUUAUUGGCGCAGAGUCUCCUGACGUUCGUAGUUGUCAACAAGCUCACGCUGGAUAUUCGGCAGCAGUUCUUCGUCUAUGGGAGCUACUUUGUCGUCCUGGCUGUGAUAUACGUGCUGAUGGGCGUCGUAAAUCUCGUGCAACAUUAUCGCAGCGGCGAGGCCUUCCGACUCUUCCAGACCGGCGACGACGAUAAGUCUCUAUCGGCGACGCAAAACGCGAGCGACGCGAGCACGUCAUCCAAGUCCGAGCACAAUGGUAGUUGAGAAUAAUCGCACCUUAGCACCGACAAUUAUAAUCG